AACAUGGAGGACACCACCGGCAGUAAUCCUCAGUCUCUUGGCUUUACAGAGAAGUUAAAAUCCUGGCUGUCCUGGUCAUGGACUUACAUAUGCUUCAUCUGGUUCGGCAUGGUGCUGAUCAUGAUAUACGUCCUGUGGAGCCCCUUGAAACUCCAGGAAACGCUUACCUCAGCAUCUGUGUUCCUGAACACCCUGACCCCCAAAUUCUACGUGGCUCUCACUGGAACCUCGUCUCUCAUCUCUGGACUCAUCCUUAUAUUUGAGUGGUGGUAUUUUCGUAAGUAUGGGACCUCGUUCAUCGAGCAAGUGUCGGUGAGCCACCUGCGUCCUCUCCUGGGUGGGGUGGAGAGCAGCUCAACCACAGGUCUGUUCUCAUCAGUUAAUGGAGAGACAGAACCUAGACCCAGCGUUUCAGAAUGUAAGGUCUGGAGGAACCCGCUGAAUCUGUUCAGAGGAGCAGAAUAUAGCAGGUACACCUGGGUGACUGGAAAAGAGCCGUUAACAUACUAUGAUAUGAACUUGUCCGCUCAAGACCACCAGACUUUCUUCACAGGAGACACACAGCAGCUAAGACCAGAGGAUGCUGUGAUGCAGAAGGCCUGGAGGGAGAGAAAUCCUCAAGCCAGGAUCAGAGCAGCUUACCAGGCCAUAGAAAUGAACCAUGAAUGUGCUGCAGCCUAUGUGCUUCUGGCAGAAGAGGAAGCUACAACUAUCACAGAGGCUGAGCGUCUCUUCAAACAAGCUUUGAGAAUCGCUGGAAAAGAUAUCAACCUACUGGUGUACAUUAAACGCCGACUGGCCAUGUGUGCACGCAAACUGGGGAGGAUUAAAGAAGCAGUGAAAAUGAUGAGAGAUUUAAUGAAGGAGUUCCCAUUGUUAGGAAUGCUAAAUAUACAUGAAAACCUCUUGGAGGCGCUUCUAGAGCUUCAGGCAUAUGCUGAUGUCCAAGCUGUCCUUGCCAAAUAUGAUGGUAAGGCUGCACUGACCAAAUAUUUAUCUUUCCAAAGUCAUCAUCCUAUAUUCAUACAGGCAUUAAUCCAAUGCCAUUCACAUUACUCUAAUUUCUGUUUCUUCGUAGACAUCAGCUUGCCGAAAUCAGCCACUAUAUGCUACACAUCUGCACUGUUGAAAGCAAGAGCUGUGUCAGAUAAGUUCUCUCCAGAGGCCGCGUCAAGGCGGGGGCUAAGCACAGCAGAGAUGAAUGCUGUGGAGGCCAUACAUAGAGCUGUGGAGUUCAACCCGCAUGUGCCAAAGUACUUAUUAGAGAUGAAGAGCCUGAUCCUGCCUCCAGAACACAUCCUGAAGAGGGGUGACAGCGAGGCGGUGGCAUACGCCUUCUUCCACCUACAGCAUUGGAAGAGGGCAGAGGGAGCCUUAAACCUUUUACAUUGCACCUGGGAGGGCACCUUCCGGAUAAUUCCCUACCCCCUGGAGAAGGGUCACCUGUUUUACCCCUACCCAGGAUGCACAGAAACAGCAGACAGGGAACUACUGCCCUCGUUCCACGAGGUGUCUGUGUACCCAAAGAAAGAGCUUCCCUUUUUCAUCCUCUUCACAGCAGGCCUUUGCUCCUUCACUGCCAUGCUGGCCAUGCUCACACAUCAGUUCCCAGAGCUCAUGGGUGUCUUUGCCAAAGCAUUCUUCAGCACACUCUUUGCACCCCUGGGUUUCUUCGCAGACAAGAUGGAAAGCUUCAUGCCGUCCAGUUUUUGGCACCAGCUGACUCGAAUCUGACCCCAUCUCUCUCUCUCACACGCACUCACAGUCACACUCAUGCUCACACACACACACACACACACACACACACACACACACACACACACACACACACAUACAUACCAAUACCGCUCCAAACCCACAGACAAAAAGUGUUUGCUCUCCUGUCUUCAGUAUUACUGUCCACUUGCUGCAUUGUUACUGAUUAUGUUGGCUGAGGUUGUAUCAACACAGAAAUACCACUCUUAAGAUGCUCUCCCACACUGCUCCAGCAGCCAGUUUCUUUUCCAAGAAUACAUUUAGUGAAUACCAUUUGCAAGGAUUUCACAGGGUCAUUCAUUUGUCUUUAUGUUAACACUGGGUAACAGUGGUAAAUUUGACCUGUCCCACCAAGCCUGGCAAUGAAUUGUGUCAUUUUGGCAAAAAUCACAUGAUGAAUUUGUAAAAACACCUGUACUGAUUCUCAGAUGAAUAAUCCUCAGCAGGGUGUUACUGACACAAAGCAAUAGAUAUUUACAGGGGAGGCGUGAGAAAUAAGUAUGUGAAUCAGAAAGAUCUCGUAGAGUUUAUAUGGGACGGAAAUCUGUGUCGUAUAUGAACCCUCUGUGCCCCAUAGUCAUCCAGCGAGGCAGAUUUAAAAGUUUGUGAGACCUCCUAAAAACAGAGCUGUGAUUUACAGCCUUGGAGUGCCUGCAGUGUAUACAACGCCUCUGUGGUUCAACAGUUGUUGCCAUGGUAUGACACUUCAGCGCUAUAUCACUGGGGCAACCCCCACCCCCAUCUUUGACACAACAUGGACAUGGAAAUGGGAUCAUCACUGGCCUCUCAUGGCAUGGCUCAUCUCAUCUCAGCCAAUUACACAACAAAAUGCUGCAGCUCAAUACAGUAGUCUGCUGCUGACUGUGGCAGACAUACUCAGAAUCACACAGCGCAGUUGCCAUAAAGAAUGGCUGGCCUACUUAACAUCACAGUAAUUCUCAGUAUGGUUCUUCAGUCAGGGAAUGUUGGCCAAUACUAGCAGACACAUGCAUUUAGCGCAUUUGUUAAAUCCCAAAUCACUGCUGGUGAAUAUGCUGAAUAGCAAUUGGAGAAGGAAAGCAAAAUGAACAGACAUACAGGCACAGUGUACAUAGUAAGAAGAGACAUACUUUACACAGUAUGUAUAAAAUCUCUUUCACUUGGUACCCUAUAUCUGUCUUCAUUUUGCCAGGUGUAAACAUAUAUACAUUAUUCUGAUGCUGUUGUAACAGGCUGGAAUUUAACCACUGUUUCCUGUGUGAAAUGUUUGCUCACAUCUGUCACAUGACGCUGAAUGUGGAAACAUAGCAUGAGGACUUUGUGGCAACUGACAUUGUAAUAGCUGACUGAUAAUGUAAGAACUUGUCAAAAGCGGAAUGCAAGUAGUGAGAGAAUGGAGCUUGGAAAUGUAAUCGGUCAUCAAAAUUCACAGGAAUCUUCCUUGGGGAAGCAUGAAUGCAGGUGAUUAAUGAGAUUUAGUGAUGUGUACAAAGGUGACAUUCUGCCAUGAGGGUACCAUUACAGGAACGGUCAGAAGGUCACCAAACAUGACGAGGUUCAUGCUCUGGGGAGCAUGGAUGCCCUCACCAAAUUUCACCAAAAAAUAGUACUGUUUUUUCCUCAGCCAGUAAAAUGAAGUGGUAUCUUAGUACUCAGCCAUACUCCGGUAUUUUGCGAAUGUGCUACUUUUAUCCUAAGUAUACAAAAGGGACCUUUUACACAUUUUGACAAGUUAUUACAUGACUGGUCAGACACAUUAUCAGUGGCUUAAGACCUAGUCCUAGAGUUUAUGCCUCAGGAGGUUAAUGAUACUCUGACAGCUCCCCAUUCCACAUGUGUAACUGUUGUUAAUAAAGUGCCUUUUGUGUCACAUUAGCUAAACACACAGAUUUGGCAUUGUAACUGUUAAUGAUGUCAAGUUUAGUGGCAAUAUUGCUCAACUUUGAUGUAUUAGAAUUGGUAAUUAAUAGUUGCUUUCAAAAACUCUGUGAUUUUCAACUGAAUUAUUCACUGUCCAAUGAUUGUCCAUUGUUGACUAGCAUUACUAUACAUACCAGCCAAAAAAAGCAAAGACUAAUUUGGUGUAUAAGUAUCCAGUCAACAGUAAAAAAAGUAGAAAGGGCUGACUGGUUAUGUUGUAAUGACACCUAGUGUAUGUGUUAAUAAUGGUGCAAAUUUGGAUUGUCUUACUAACAGUUACCCAGACUUACGGUAUUUGAAUCUAAGCCACACACUUGCUGCUUGUUUAGCACUUUCACUCCAUUCUCUGGCCUGUGAUAAUUGAUUGUUAAAAUUCUUGACACCCAAAAUGUCUCACUCCUCAUGUUUUUAUGCAGCCUAAAAAGUAGGACUGCUGUACUGUAGUGUACUGCUGUAAAAUGUUGAAGACAGGAGAGCAUUUGACCCACUGUAACUACCAUUGGAUGAGUUUGAUAGCAAAACUCAAAAAUAAAUUGUUAUUUCAGUGUAAUUUCA